AUUGGAGAUAAAAUGCUUCAUUUUGUCAAUCUCAUUCAACAACAGCAUCCGCUUGCCAGCCAGUCUACUGCAAACUAACGUUACUAGCUAGCAGCAGAGGAAGCUGAGAGCAAGCUAGGUCAACGAUCUUGAAUGAGUAGAGAGGUUUCUAAAGCACAGCUAUGCAAACGAUCAAGUGUGUUGUGGUGGGUGACGGAGCUGUGGGUAAAACCUGUCUGCUCAUCUCCUACACCACAAACAAGUUCCCCUCUGAAUAUGUACCCACGGUGUUUGACAACUAUGCUGUAACUGUAAUGAUAGGAGGGGAGCCCUACACCCUGGGCUUGUUUGACACUGCAGGUCAGGAGGACUACGACAGGUUACGACCUCUGAGUUAUCCCCAGACAGAUGUCUUCCUCGUCUGUUUCUCCGUCGUUUCCCCCUCCUCCUUCGAAAAUGUCAAAGAAAAGUGGGUUCCAGAGAUCACCCACCACUGUCCAAAGACCCCGUUCCUGUUGGUGGGGACUCAGAUAGAUCUGCGAGACGACCCGUCCACCAUAGAGAAGCUGGCCAAGAACAAACAGAAGCCCAUCACUCUUGAGACGGCAGAGAAACUGGCCAAAGACCUCAAGGCCGUCAAAUAUGUGGAGUGCUCAGCCCUCACGCAGAAAGGACUAAAGAAUGUGUUUGAUGAGGCGAUACUGGCUGCGCUGGAGCCUCCCGAGCCCAAGAAGAAACGCAAAUGUGUGCUGCUAUGAAUGACCCCAACUCUCACACACAUGUACACCCUCCCCUUCACCCCCCCCCCCAUCCCCUCCUCCCUUGCUCUGCUAAGGCUGAUUGACAGCCAUGCACUCUGAAGCGAAGUAUAGGAACAAACAAAAGUUUCAGAUUAGACUCUGCAAUAAGGAGCGAUGAGUUCCUCCAUCCCUGUGUUCAACCAGCGGACCAACGGGAAGAGAGGCACAGAAGAGAACCUAACCCAGCUUGUAACCGUGACUACCGUGGCCACACUCCCAUUCCAGUUACAACAGUCAGAGCUUUCAGAUGGACAGCGCGAGACUGGUGCAUCUCACUAGGCUCAAGUUGAUUUCUCUAUUUUUUUUUCCCUUUCUCUACACUGGUCUCCAAGUAAAUUGUUAGCAAAAGGAAUAUGAUGGAUGCCUACUGGGCAUUGUCUUUAAACAUCAGUGAAGAUGAAAGGGAAGGAGACGAGGAGAGGCAGUAACUAUAGUCUAUUGAGAUUCAGCCCUGUACUCAAGGAGAAGGCCAAAACAUGCCCCCUUUUACUCUCCAAAGGGUUUAAACCUUCCAGGUGGUUAGAUAACACAGGCUGUCAUACAGGUGACUUAAGCUGUUGUAGGGUUGACGUAAGCUGUCAAGGUGUCAUAACCGCUCAUUGGUGAUAGGACAGCAGGCUGAUUUAAAGUAUGACAUCUUACUGUCUUUGACAGCUUUCUCUGUCAGUGGUGUUGAUUUGGCUCUGAGCCACUUAGCUCCUGUGCACUUCUGAUAGACCUAUGCUCCGCCUUCAAAUGAAAUGGCUCAGAGUGACAGCUUGACACGCUGCUGUAGUAUUAAGCUCCACCCCUCACGACGAGUACAUCAAGCACCCAAUCCCGCUGCUCCACCUCCAACACCACCUGAUAAAGCAAAGUAGCCAUUUUUUAUUUGUUUUCUUUGCCAAAGUCUCCCCUCCUUUCCUAGUGACAGAACAGUCUGCCAUUUUAAUGAUCAAUCCCAAAUGAUGCCCCACCACCUGGGCUCUUUAGUAAAUCAAGUAGAUGGGGAAAUAUUUUAUGACCAUACUGCUUAUACCGAUCCAAAUCCUUUCAGAACUGUACUGUAGGGGAAGAGGUUAGAGUAGACUAGACUGGCAUUACUGAAGAACUAAAGGCAUCCUGUCGCGAUGGGUCUUGAUGCAGGAAUUGGCCUUUUGAAGCAGGGAACUUAAACAGUGUUAGCAGAAGAAGUUGUUGCCAGGGACCAAGGGAGAGUUAGCUGAACUCUGUCUCAACGUUAUGGUAACCAUAGAACUAUUAGUGAAGCUGACUUGUUCUAAGCAACGUUCUGUUGUGUGUAGACCGGUGGCCAUAUUUUGUCCCAUUUGGAUGAAUGAAUUGAUGCUUAUAGCAUCAGAAUUCUGUGCCUUUCUCAGUGUUCUAUAUUGUCAUGCUGCGAUGGCAAUGCUAUUGUGCCGCCAUGAUAGGUGUACCUCCUAAUAAAUCUGUGGUAUGAGGGACUGUGUCGGUUCUAUUACUUGUAAUUCUGUGGUGGUAACGUUGUGGUAAUGCCUGUAGGUGAGCCCCUGGUCUCCUCUGCGGUCAAAGGUAAACAGAUUUAAUAAUAAUAAGCUGGCACAUGCGUCAAUGUAGGCUCCAGAUGUUUUACCAUAAUCUGUUUUAUUUUUUAAUUUUAAAAAGGUUACUUCCUGUCCUUUUCCACUUAGGGUCCGGAACUCAGCUGAACUCUGACACACCAGCUACAAACACCAAUGACCUCCAAUGACAGGGAAUGUCUGUCAACCCUGGAUUGUGAUUGGUUGGUAGACACUGGUGGCUCCGAGGUUGGGUUGACGUCCAGACCAAGUUAACAUUAUUGUUAUUAUAACUGUUGUUGUUUUGGUGCGAAACCAAAUGCUUUGUCUUACGUCUCUGUUCUUUGUAUAUGCAUUCUUUGAAACAAAUAUUAAACUUAUACCUUAAUUGCCUUCA